AUGGCUACCUUCAAUGUACCUGAAAAGGGCAUAGUGGUUCAGCACGACUCGAGAACGGCCUCACCAGAUCAACAACCUUUGCAAGUCAUUCAGCUGGAUCUGGUGGACAACCUGACCAAAGAUAUCCUUCGAUCCUUGAAAACCAAUGAACCAGUCCGACUUCGAUGUGGCAAGAAGCCAGUCGUUCAAUUCGGCAAAAAGUCCAUCCCCCUAGCGAGCACUACUGCCACAUUCCCUUCUGAAAUUUAUUCCAACCCUCCCCACAAUCACAACACCCUCUAUUUUUCAGGCAAACUGAGCCACACCUUGGAAGUCCGAAAGGCCGAGGAAGACACUGCAGGGAGCGAUGAGGCUUUAGCUGCUCUCGAGAGUACACUGAAGUCCAUACAGGAGCAAAGAGCCUCCAAUGAAACGAGCAUUAUUGGAAGUAAGGACGGCCGCAAAGGAAACAGAGACCACAAAGUAUCGCCCUUAAUUAGUCAGAAUGCCUCCCUGAGGAAGGAUUUCGACCAUCUAAUGCCUCGGUCCACUCCCUCCAGUCCGUUUCUGAGCGCAAAUUACUCGCCUCGUUUGGGACCAACAUCCGCAGGCCUCGGAACAGGCAUCUCAACCAAGGACCAAGUGCGCCUGGAUGCUAUUAAAAUCCCUCUUAUCCAUCUCCUAGCCAUCCGUCCUCUCACUUCUAGGGGUGUCGCUGAAAAGCUCCGAGCACCAAGAGAUGAGGUCGAGAAGAUUCUGGAAAAAGUCGCCCGAGACACUCAGGUCGGAGACGGGCGCAAAGAGUUGAAAGAGAAGACGUAUCGUGAACUCAAUGUACACAAGUUCAAUUACCGGACGCCGGAAGAUCGGCAAUCAGCAAUAGCGAACGCUAUCACCGCCUACGACCGAAUCCGAGUCGACAAAAAGGAUCCCCUCUGGCAAUUGCUUCUGCCCGAGAACGAGCGCGGCAAAGGCAAGUGUCUGUCUAAACUCAACUUUGACAAGCCUACCCAAGUGCCCAGUCAUGCUGCAACCCGACCUGGAGACGAUAGCAAUGAGAGUAAAGCCGAUGUGUCUGAUCGCGAGCCCGGCAAAGUCAAGGCAAAGAAGGGGAUCGUAACGACCCACAGGAAACCCAAAGACAAACCCACUACUGCCCGACCGUCGGCAAAAGCAGACGCCAAUGUUCCUCCCAGGCCCAAAGACAUGUCAAGCAAGCAGACCAAACCUGACGGAAAAUUCAAAUCUUCUGAGAGGAUUGAAGACUCUGACGAAGAGGCUAAUGCUGCUGAAGCACUUGUCGCGAAACCUAAAGCUCGCCCAGCAGCAACUGGCAAGGCAAGCGCCGUUCCAAAUGCAAAGCGAAAACCUGGGCAAGAGCAAUCCAAACCCUCUACUCCCUCUCAUAUCAUCUCCCCCCCAAAGAAGACGGUUCACAAGACAUCUCUUUCCGGUUCCUCUUCUGGUAGUGGCAGCGGCAACGAAAGGCCACGCAUCAACCCCAAUUCUGAAACUUCAAAAUCACUUCAGCCUCAGUCUCGACCUGACCCCUCGAUCACUUCUAACUCGCGCAUAUCACCACGGCCACGUCACAACAGUUCCCCUCAAAAGCCAUCCCCUCUGGGAUCCUCACCUCCCACUACCUCCACUGACGUCGAGAAUUCAAGCUCGAGUAAAGCCUCCAAUCAAUCCUCUGCUCCCUCAUCCCCACCUUCUGGUACAGACAUGCCUCAAGUUGAGCAACAAAACAACAAGUACUCACCAGUCAUCUCAUCCGAUAAAGCAGGCAAUCAAUCUCGAGGUCGCAGUCCCGUGAGGAGAAAAGCAGACAUGGCAGAGGAUGCACGACCAACAAAACGUAAAGCUGAAACUGCCCCAAAUGACGACAGACCAGCCAAACGCACACAGCACGAAAAGACGCUCAUUAAUGGCACCACGCCAAACGCAUCGACUAAGCCACAGAGAGUGGCCCCUAGACGUCAAAAUUCCGAUUCGCAUUCAUCCCGCUGCUCAAGUCCUGAAAAGCCUGGACCGAAGAGGGAGGACGUCAUCCUGGAUGCAAGACGAUUCCAGAAGUACUACAAGCGGUACAAGGAUUUGUACGACCGAAUCGCAUCGGUUAGUGAGACCGAACGGGACGAUAAGGAUAUGGAUGACUUGUGGAAGAUGCACAAACGGCUGAAGGAGAUGAAGGCUGAUAUCUGGGGCAAUUGGGAUAAAGUGGAGAAGAUUUCAAAGGUGAACGACAAGAUCGACAAACCGAUGAGACAGGCCGUAGCCGCCGCCUGA